AUGUUGCAAAAUCUCUUGUUCGCGGAGAUUGAUCUCGGCUUGCUCGACGCAGCAAUGCAGUUGCACGAGAAGACGCAGGGGUCCGUGUUUAUCAUUUUCGAUGGCAAGCCUAUGCGUGACUCUCUCUGCUAUCCUUUCAACUGCUUUAAGGCAGUCCAGAUCGGCUUGGAGGAUCCUGCCGUGGAAUGGGCCGUCGGCCCCUUCUGUGAUUGUGAUAGAGAAACAGUUUGGAUUGGCGAGCUUGAGUGCAUUAGUGACUUUGUCGCAAAUGUGGUUGCCUUCGAGCGCAAGGGCAUCGUCUAACGAUGGUACGUUGCGCUGGAGGUCCUUCAUGAUAUUU